AUGACUGAUAAUUUGCCCAAAGAAUAUUUUGACCUUAUAAGGAAAGUAGUCAGGGAAAAGAAUCAGAAUGGUACGACUAAUGAACGUCCAUUAAAGAGACGUCGUCGUCACAGGGAGAAAUUACCCCCGCUAAAUUCUCAAAUCCCCACAGACCCAGAUAUUAUUGUUAAUUUGGAUUCUGAUGAUGAUGGGAAUUUUAUUGAUGAUAAUAAUCAAGAACAGACCCCUCAAAGUGAACCUAUUGAUGUUGUGAAUCGGUUAGAUGUGGAAGAGAUCCAUAGUGAAGGAUCAUCACCGACAUUGACAUCGGUGGAACCAGAAGAGUCAGUCAGUGAGUACGAUUCCGACGAUUUUGAGGAUGUGUCUGAUACGGAACCUAACGAAGACAAGAUCAAAAAUAUAUCUGUAACGAUUCAUAAGAAAACUGAACCUCCGGAGGUGAAAAAGAGUCAAGUAAGGAAUAUGUGUAGUAAUGAGGAGAAGAAAAGACGGAAAUCCAUGCAUAUGUUUCAAUUACUAUGUCUUAUGUGUCAUGGUUCGAUUCGUAAUAGAUGGCUCAACACUUCAAAAUUAAUGAGGAAAUUAAAUAAAUUAAUCCCCGAUAAGACCUUGGAGUUGUUACAUCCAAAGAGAGACAAUGAAAUGAUAUUAAGAAGUACAAGAAAGUUACUUGAUGGAUUGAAACAAUCUAUGGAAAUAUGGCAAAAACAUUGGAAAAUCGUCCAAAAAUAUCAUAAUUCUACAGGGUUAUACAUGAAGAUGUGGGAUGAGCUAUCGAAUAAUGACACACGUUCUAACAUCACAAGUUCUCAAUUGAUAACUAAACAAACAUUUAUAAGACAAGUAUUGAAAGGUGUUGGAGACAGAGAUGUUGCUACACAAGGGUUUGUAGCGUUGUUAAGGUCCUGUAAUGUCAAUGCUCGUUUGAUUAUGUCAUGUCAACCUUGUGAUUUUACCAAUUUGAAAGAAAAUGAUGUACCAUGUAGAGCUUCUUAUGAUGAUAUGGUGAAAUAUCCGAUCUUUUGGUGUGAAGUUUGGGAUAAAUUCUCCAAACAAUGGAUCAGUAUAGAUCCAAUGAACUUAAAGACUAUUGAACAGAUCCGUCACUCAACCAAGAUGGAACCCAAGGGUGUUAUGUGUUGUAAACGUAAUAUGAUUCGAUACGUGAUCGCCUACGAUCGUCAAGAAGGGUGUCGUGAUGUGACGAGAAGAUAUGUGAAAUGGUUGAAUGCAAAGACAAGAAGACGACGUAUUGCAAAAGAUUCUGACGGGCUUCGAUGGUACCAAGCAGUCCUUGAGACCUUACAUCGGAGGAAACGGACCAAGAUCGAUGAUUAUGAGGAUGAAUAUUUCCAAGUAAGAAAUGAGGACGAAGGUAUGCCUGAUUGUUUGGCGGAUAUGAAGUCCCAUCCAUAUUAUAUAUUGGAACGAGAUCUUCACAGUAAUCAAGUAUUACGUAAAGGUUGCAAAGAAUGUGGCUAUUUGAACCUUCCAAACAAUAAGGGCCUAAUCAAGGUGUAUGCACGUCGGGACAUCCUUGAUUUGAAGAGUGGCCGACAAUGGUACAAUGAAGGCCGUAUAUUAAAGAAAGGUAGUCAAUAUCUGAAAGUAGUGCAACGGAAGACACGAGAGGGAGAGAUGGAAGAUGAAAGGUUGUAUCCCGUAGAGGCCACCGAGACCUAUAUGCCGCCAUUAGCCACGUACCCAUUGGGUGAAAUCACGAAGAAUACCUUUGGUAACCUUGAGGUAUUUGUUCCCUCAAUGAUACCUGGCAACUGUUGUCUUGUGGAGAGUCCCGUAGCUAUCAAGGCUGCGAAGUUCUUGGGGAUCCAAUUUGCACCUGCGGUGACGAAAUUCAAGUUUGAACGUGGGUCUAAAGCGAAAGCAAUGAUCAGUGGGGUAGUGGUUGCCGUGUGGUUUCGGGAGGCAAUGGUUGCAUGUAUUGAUGGGAUUGAAUAUGUUGAAGAAGAGAACAAGAGACAAGAGGAAGAGAUCUGGUCGCUGGAGUCAUGGCGAGUAUUCUUGACCAAGAUGCGGAUCAAAGAAGAUCUAAACAACACUUAUGGUGUUGUAAACGAGUCCGAGAUGCAGUUGCAAGAAGAAGCACCAGAAGAAACACCAGAAGAGGAAGAGUUUGGUGGAGGAGGAGGUUUUUUUGUUAAUGCCACAACUCCUAUGGAUAAGUCCAGUCUACAUCAAGAAGAAGAAGAGGAAGAAGAAGCGGAAGAAGAAGCGGAAGAGUGUAUAGAUACAAACCAUGAAGAUCCCCCUCCUGACGAGAUAGAUGAUGAAUAUGCUACAUUCAUGGACGAUAUAUCGUAA